GGAUAAUGACUCUGCCGCAGCGCUUGUGCUAUCCCUCUAUGUCUUGACACUUGGUGCCCGCACUUCGUCACCUUGGAUCGUACUAUGUUCCUGCGCUGCCGUAGUUGACAAGGAGAUUUUGUAUCUCAUCUUACCCGUUCAUUCGCUAUACGCUGUGAAUACGGUAUGUGCUGCUCUACGAGGAGCUAAUCAGGCGAGCUGCCGCGGUAAAUUGGACACAUUCCAUGCAUAGUUGCGCCCGCGUCACGCAAAGUUCAAGUUAUCGCUUGCUCGCGUCUUUUUUCAUUUGGUUGUCAGACCCGACGAUUCCUACCACCGUCGAAUGGUGUCAGUCUCUUCCAAUCCUGAGCUCGAUAAAAUCGAUCGAAUCUAUCUAGAGGGAGAAAUGUGCUGAGAUAAUGCUAUUCAAUGGUACGACGUGCGCGAUCGUCUCAAUUUGUGUAAGGCCGUGGCCAUGUGUCAGAGCUUAGAGAAUUACUCUGGCUAGGGAGGUCUGGGGAAUUAUGGUCCCACGGAAGCAAAUCACAAGCGCGAUUCUGAUGGAAAUGGUCAAACUCACGUGCACGGCUCUUAUCUGGACCCGUGUUCGCAGACCUUUGUCUCCCCCGCCCAUCAUUCCCGUGCCCCGCGCUACCGUCCCGUCCCCCUCGCGAAUUCCCUCCCGUUAGCUCAUGCCUGCCGAACGUUCAAGAUACUCGCGACGGAGCCAGGCAGACGGGGAUGGAAUCGUGUGGACCCUCCCUGUCGAACCUGUGGGGGAAUCUGGUAUCGGAUUUACGCCAAAUCUGACGGAGGACGCCUUCACCGACGUCCCUCCCCUGGUCGACAUACCCGAUCUGCCUUCUCCGAUUGAGACCACGUUCAUCUUGUCAGACGACAUUGUCUGUCGGCAAACAUCUCAGCCACGCCAGCGAAACAUGCAUGCACGGAAAAAGUCGGACAACCAUGUCCCCCGCCCUCCCAACGCGUUCAUCCUCUUCCGCUCGUCGUUCAUCAAGAGUCAGCGUGUUUCCACCGAAGUAGAGACCAACCACAGCACGCUCUCCAAGAUCAUCGGCAUGACGUGGAAGAACAUGUCCGAUGAGGAACGCGAAAUCUGGCGCCAGAAGGCGAUGGAUGCCGUGGCCGAACACAAGCGCAAUUUCCCCAGCUACGCCUUUCGCCCCAAGCAAUCGAAGGCGGUUCGUGGUCAAAAGGGUGACGGCGGGGGGUCUCCUUCCAAGGGGAAACGGAAGGUUCGGGAAUUUCAUCAGGAUGCCGCCCGCUGCGAGAAGAUUGCCGAGUUGCUCGUCGAAGGCAAGAAGGGCGCGGAGCUUGACCAGGCCAUUAAAGAGUAUGACAAGCACCAUGUCCCCACCUUCCAGACGCGAUUCGAAGUACCGAUAACGGCGCGGUCUUACAGAAGGUCGUCGUCUGUUCCAGCCCCUCAUUCUGAUGAUGCGCUCCCCUUUCUGGCACCGCAACCUGCAGUUGUUCAUCACCCUCGCCGUCGUUCAUCUAGCGUUGGCGCUGUUCCUCGAGCCACGGAUUUGAAGGGUAGCCUUGCACCGCCGGCUGUCUCUGCCACCAGCGAUAGUACCUUCCAUAUUGCUGUGGAAUCCAAGAUGGAACCUUUGAAUCUCGACUUCAGCUCGUUUUCAUUCUCGAACGUUUCUCAACCAGACCCAUCUUUUCGAUAUGAUCCUCUCUCGAUGCCGGUCUCUCCUAGCUCAAACGCAGAUUCUCCCGGCUUCAACCAUAACGUCUGUCUCGAGCCAACGUCUCCCGGCGUUGGCUCACUUGACGUUUCUGCCUAUAUCGCUCAUGAAUGGCAAAUGCACGGAAACAGCUCCCACUCCUUCGGCGGUUAUCAAGCCCCCGAAUAUCCUUCGUACACAUUCCCGUCGCCAAAUUACCUACCGACGGCCGCUUCUGACUAUCUUACGACGUCGAUCUCUGAUCCUGCUUUUUGCGCUGGCUUCAAGAAUCUCGCGUUUGACAACCCUCUCUACCUAGAAGCCAUCCCAGGUCUCGCUCAGCUUGAAGCUGACUUGCAUGCCUUUGGGGCUCAAUACAAUCUCACUCUCUAAACUCUUUAUCAGCUACUUAUCUAGUACUUCAAGUCCGUAACUGCUGUAUUUGUACGUACUGAGAUCUUGCGUCCGCAUAUAUGUACAUACUGCAUAUUUGACUGCCACCUCCCUCCCUCUCUGCCUCUGUUGUGUUUUAUAUUGUAUCUCUUGUAUUCAUGACGUGCCUGAAGUUGGUUCAUAAGGUUUUGAUGCAUGUGGGAUGCUGGAAGCCGGUGGCCUCCUUCUAUUUUCAGAAGAAGGGCGUUGAUCCCGUUGACCUCGUGCGCACGAUGUUUUCAUAGACACGUACCCAUCUCUAGGAUAUGAAGAAAUAGAACCGUAGGGCCUCAUCUAUGAUCGUCUGGGCUCCUUGCUUCCAACACUGAUGGCACCGGAGUUGCUGAUUCCAAUCAGAACUGGUGUAUCUCUCCAAGCGCGUUUGUAUGAACCACCAAAUGCCGGUGCUGCCCACAAACUUGCAAUAUGCCUGCACCCGUGGUCUUGGCUUGGCGGACGAAUGGAUGACCCGGUGCUGCGAUUGCUUCAACGACCCUUGCAAGAAAGUGGAUACCAUGUUCUGAGAUAUAAUUCACGAGGAGUGGGCGAAUCCACAGGCCGGGCAUCAUUCACUGGUUUGAGCGAAGUUGAGGAUUUGGCUGCACUCAUCGAGUGGGGAGUUGAGCAGGUGGGCAACCUGACGGAGAUUGUUGUUAUGGGAUAUUCGUAUGGUUCUCUAGCAACCUCCCUCACCCCCGUUCGGACCAUGAACAUUCCCGUCCGACAAGUACUGCUCUCUUACCCACUGGCGGUUCGGGGAUGGCUUACACUCUUUCGACAACAAUAUGAACAGGGCCUAGGUGCUCUAGUGCGGAAUCCAGACUCAAACGUGUUGAUUGUUUUUGGGGAUCAGGACGAGUUUACUUCCGUUCAAAAGUACCGGACCUGGAGGGACACGUUGGAGGGCUCAGGGGCCCGGGGUCAGUUGCGAUGCGUGGAAAUCGCUGGUGGUUCUCAUUUCUGGCGGAGUGGGGAUGGCGAUGAGCUGGUCAAGAUUCUAUCAGCCUGGUUGUAGUAGGGUUGUGGUGAGAAGAGCGGUUACAGUAGUGUGUAAUUUGAUGCGUGCAACCCGCCUUAUGAUCAUCUUUCUUUCUUUCGCAUACCACCACCACCACCAUGCCCUUGCCAGACGAGCGGCCCCGUCAGAGCGUUGCUAACCUCAUCGGUCGGUUCGAACAACAGAAACCGAAACGGACUUCGGACGUGUCUCCACGUAGUACGAGCGUUGCGUCGAAUGUCACCGGCGACUCUGCAAAAGAAGAGGUCAAAGAGAAACGCGAAUGGCCUCCCAGGUCAGCAAACGUCGUUUCUGACCGGCCACCCAUCAUCGCGUCGUGGACACGGAGAGUAUCGGAAUCGCCAGCAGCCCCGGGCGGUAAAUCUGCAUCUACGGCGCCUUUGAUUGGCCAGAUUCCCUAUUCCAAAGCCCCGCCUGUAGAAGUUGCGAAGGCAGAACCGGACCCAAUCGUGCCACCACCUCAUAUCGAUACUCAACCUUUCGAUGCUGAGCCUACGAUCAGCAUCGAUCCUGGCACACCGGCCACGCCUCAAGCUGCUCCUGCGGCACCCGUCCCUGUUCCUGUGCCUAAGCUCAGUGCAUCUACCGCCAGGACAAUUCCCAAGACGCCCACAAAGCCUACCACAAAGACUACUCCCAAGUCACCGUCUGCCGUCAAGGCCCAACAUACUGGUCAAUCUUCGCUCUCUACCUCUUCGACGACACGUAAACCACCCGUUUCCGGUGCAAAGGCGUCCGCCGCCGCCGCUGCUCGGGCGAGAACGCCAUCCCGAGCGUCGACUGCUCGGCCCAAGACUCCAAGCGUUAAACCUGCAUCGGCUUCGGCUUCUGUUCGUCCUAAGACGCCGAGCUCAGGCCUCUACGCACCAACCGCGGCAUCUCUCGCGCGAUCACGUAAUGCUCCUGUUGCGCCAACCCCAGUGAAGAAAGCUACGCUGAGCGCAGAGGCGGCUGAGCGAUUGAGCAAGCCCACCGCAGCGUCAUUGGCGAGGCAGUCGGCGGCUGCGGCACUGGCUGGCAAAGGCACGCCAUCGAAGCCUCCGAUGAAGACCGGACCGGCAGUUAGAGGUGCUCCUUUUAAAGCAGCGCGUACGGUCAUCAGACGGAUCCCUGCGAAGCCGACGGCGCAGAACAGCCACAGGCCAGGGAACGGAAAUGGUCAUUCGGUAGAUGAACCAAUUGAGGGGGCUCAUUCCGAAGAUCAACAUUCCGAUGCGGAUCAUCACGAGGAGGACCAUUACGAGGAGCUGCACCAUGACGAGGAGCUUCACGAAGAGGACCACUACGAGCAGGGCCACCACGACGAUGGCCAACACGACGAGCACCAUGACGAGGAGCACCAUGACGAGCAUUCGCACGAGGAACCAGUCCACGAUUCCGAGCAUGAACGCGAAGAGGUCGUUCACGACGAGCCGGAUCUUCAUUCUCCAGUCGAGGCCGAAGCUGAUCACGAGGAAAGGGGACACGACCUUGAGGACAUGGUCAAUUUGUUGGAAAAUCAGCCGCGGGCAAGGCCUCUGAGCAUCGCUAGCAUCCCUGACGAAGGCGAAUACUAAUCAACGCGUUUCGAUUACGCCGGUGGUGGUGUGUUCCUGCGCGCAGAAGACAAGAAUCGAAGGAACCACUGUACAAUCAACGACACUCUCUAGGUCGACCUCGACGCUCACUAUGCUAUCUUCCUAUUAUUUUGCAGGGCUCGCUUUCAUCUUGGAUAUACGCCGCUGGAAUCUACUACUAUCUUAUAAAAGCCCACGUGGUCACUCGUUUGUCGUGCUUAGAUACCCCGUUCAAGUUGAAGUUGAUGAUAUUUCAAUUGCGG